UGUCAAACUGAAAAGAGCGCAUUGUUUUGUCUGCUAGUUAUCUGCAAGGGAAAAACGUGGAUUUCUAAAAUUUGCGUAUUAAAGCUAAAUUCUGCAGAUUAUUUGACGCUUCAUUGCGACAUCGUUGAAUUAUUUUGCAGAUAUGAAUCAGGAAGAGGAAUCUACAACUAGAGUCACUCGAGGUGCUCUGCGUCGUCGCUCAGUCGAUCAGGAUACAUCCGCUGGUGCCGGUACCCCCAAAAAACCAGUUGGCAAAAAAGCAGCUGUGCUUAAUGCUAUACAGGAAAAAGACGCUUCACCGGGCACUCCAAGCCAAAAUGUCAGUGUUAGUGAGUCAGUGAAAAAUAAGAAAGAUACACCCUCAUUAAAUACAACCGCCGGAAAAAUGUCCCUAACUAGAUUAAGAUCUCGCACAACUUCCUUAACAGAAGAAAAUUUAGCCAUGUGGGAUGAGCUGCAGGAAAUUCGUCGAACACCCCGUCGUCGUCCUUCGCAGGACGUCACUCCACAAACGGCUCCGCAAAGCACCAGGCGAACUAGGCGCAACAGUGCUACUUCCGAUGAUGCUCCCAUUACAACUCCAAUCGCUACGCGAUCUCGACUCAGCGUUGCACCACCAACAAUCGCCGAGGACGACGAAAAAGAGGACAAAAUGAACAACUCCAAUUUAGAAGCAGAUUUAUCUGAUCUGGAUAUACGGAAGCUUCGGAACCGCUCUAUUACUAACUCACCGAUUCCAAGAACAUCGCCAUCUUUGAAAAACACCUCAAAUAACUCUCACGUAGAGGAAAUCAUUAUUUCGCCCAAACAGGCAAAGGUUGUUCUUACCGACAUAGGCGACAAGAAAUCACCGGUAAAAUCUCCGCUUAGCGACAUGCAAUUUUCACUGAAAGUUGUCGAUGAUAAUGAAGGCACAGAAUCCAAGGGUGAGGAGAACACCGCCGACUCAACGCAAGCUGACAGUGGCAAACAGCUAUCCAAGAAUGUUACCUUCGACGAGAAAACCACACUUGAGUGGCAAAAUCAGAGCGCCUAUCCGAAAACACCGAUCGCUACGAAUGGGCGCAGAGGUUCGCAUUCCGGCGGUGUAUCGCAGGAGUUACAGGAGGUGACCAAGGCGACGCCAGAAAUGUUCGAAAUCGCCGGAACAGACAGCGAUUCACCUUCAGCGCCGACGUCUGCAACGAAUGUAACAGAAAUAAAAAUCGUAGUCGACGAUGCCGCUUCCGAAUCUGCAAUGGAACCACAGCAACUUGACCAAAGCGUGGACGAAUCGCUGGCUAACAUCGUACAGGACGUUAGGGAAAAUUUGAACCGAGUCGAUGUUUCGAUGAGUGUUCUCGACACUCCGCGCCCGGUGGACAAGCAAAAAUCUCGUCUACCCCAGUUACGAGAGGGGACCUGCAGUACUCCGCUUCCCACUGUCACGGAACCAGCAAUGGAAGUUGUUGAAGAAAAUGAGAAAAAGGUUGUAGCUGCAAAGGACGACGUGCAGAAUAACGAUUCCAGCCUCUCGAAGUCUUGGAGUAUGGCUGUCAAGGGUAGCACUGCUGACAAAGGCAUUGACGUGUUUAGCGUGCGCAAACAGGAAGAAGAAGAACGCAAAGAGGCGGAAGUAAAAAAAUUGAAUGAAUCGCUGAAACGUAAAUCGCUAGAUGUUUCGAAAAAGGAUGAUGAGGUCGAUGAGGAAGCCGAGGACGCCGACAGUGAGGCAGGGGAUGAAGUGGAUGAUCGUAAUAGUUUUGAGGAUACGGAAGCGAUGGAGGUAGACGAUUAUCAAUCUGGAGAUUCACUCGACUCUGAUAUGCGAGCUGAAAUGGAUGAUAAUGCUGUAGUUGAAGAAGGAGAAAGCAUUGGCAGUCAAGAUAGCGAAGAUGAUGACGAAAACGAGGAAGAUGAGCAAGAUUCAUUUAUCGUUACUGAUGAGGAUGAGGAAAGCUUACUUAAUGGGUCCGGUGACGACUUAGACGACGAAUCCAAAAAAUCACCCAAAAAGAAGAAAUCCCGGAUCCUCCAACAAGAAGAUAGUAGUGAUGAAGAUAACGAUGGGAAUGAUAAAGAUGUACCUGUUAAUGAUGCCGAUAAAGCCAAAGUGAUUGAAUUAAAUUCAUCAUCAGAGCGAUCACCUGAAAAAUCUCCCAAGAAAAAGGUCCCGCAGAGCCCUAUCAAGUCUGUCGAUAAGCAAAAUUCUCCAAUGGCAAAGAGAAAGGAAAGUUUGUUCCAAAAUGCUGCUGUUCCAACAUCGCGUAAGUCUAUGCCAGCUCCGGCAUUGAUUUCUGCUGACUUCUACUCAUCGUCGUCAAAGAAGGCCAAAAGGAAUACGAUCAACGCAAUGGCUCUCGAGGACGAAGAGCCCGCCGACGAAUCAAAAGUUCUACCGAGCAAACGUAAAUCCAUUUCCGGUAUGGUGACGGCCGCAGUAGCUCUGGCUAAAAAGAACAAACGUCUUACUUUGGAUUCCACCCCGACCAACGUGGAGCGUAAAACCGACAAACGUAUAUCACUACCGGGGAAAUUAUCGGAAGACAGAGAAUUGAGCUUCUUGUCGAAAAAGAAAUCUGACAAAUUAACCAUAGAUGAUCAACAAAAAGAUGAUAAAGAACCUGAAUCAGCAGUGGAGCCGAUGGAAGUAGAUGAGGACUUGGUUGAGGAGAAACAACCUGACGAAAACACGAGUUCUACCAAAGUGACUAAAAAGAAGACGAAAGAUCUUAGUGAGUUUGAUCACGAUGCCAUCCUUUCGCGGUGCAACGAAAUCGUUCGUGCGGAUAAGGAAAAAAAGAAACAGACUGCAACACUACGGCAGAAGAAGAAGGAUGAAAAACGCCGCCAGCGUGAGCAACAACAAUUGGAAGAAUCGACCGAAGCGAAUGACGAAUCCCUGGAACAGUCUAAGAAAAAGAAGAAGAAGAAAAAGAAGCCAAUCAACUACCUCCUGGAGGAACUAGGAGAACCAAAAGAGGACCAACUAGCGAAAGCCUUGCAGCGCAGAGCGGCUCUACUCGAAGCGAAAAAACUGCGGAAGAAAGCUAAAAAAGCUGCCAAAUUACAACAGCAGCUGAACAAGGAGAAUCAGCAAGGCAGCCAGCCGAAGGAAGGCAUUGGAGCAAAGUUUGAGAAGAAAACCAAAAAGAAAAAGGAUAUUGUCAGCAAGCCGAUUGACCUCGUGACCUGUCCUAAGCUGCCAGAACCGGAGGUCAAACUCAUGGUGUCUGCUUAUGCCGUCUACAAAACGCAAAUCGAGGAAUUGAAAAAUGAGCAGAAAUCUGGUAAAAAGAAGAGCAAACAGUUGAAGGAAAAAAAUCAUCAGCCAUCAACUGGUGAAGAGGUGCCAAAAUCACUGGAAAAUAAAACCAACAAAGAGCAGAAGAUUACGGAACCGAAUGUCAGUUCAGAAAACCGGGUUACUGAUCGUGUUCUGGAAUCCAACGAAAAUGACAAACAACCGAAGAAGAAAAAGAAAUCUGAGAAGAGUGAACAACCGAAUCCGAAAAGAACAGAAGAAGGGAUUACAAAAACAACUAAGUCUACCGAACAGCAGCUUUCUAAGGGAACAUCGUGGCCAGGCGCAGCAUUAAUCGACUUAGACGAACAGCUGGCCAAACUUAAGGCGUCUCUCUCGGAGCCAAUCUGCAAAGUAGUAAAAAAGCAGAAACUUUCUCAGGAAGGCUCUGCUUCGGUUCAACAGGUUACCGAGGUGGAUAUGACUCCUCCGCGAAAAAAAUUGCAAAUGCUUGUUCGGCUGGAGGCGGGAGGUUUCGUCGAAGAACCAAUGACACCAGAACAGCAACGGCUUAAACGUAACCACGGUUUCCAGGAAGAACCAAUAACACCUAAACCAAUCGGAUUUCGGGUGUCUAGCAUUCUUCCCGCCGGUCAGGAGGAAUUGCGCCGUCAAGCAGUGGCCACUAAAACCGGUAAGAAACAUUCCCAAUCUAAUCGCAUCCGGCCAGAAGAUGUGAUUGAACCAGUCAGAUCACUUCCACAACCCGUAUGGACCCGAUCCGGUGCGUUUGAGGUUGAGGAUGUCAGCGAGGCAAAAGGAAAGCAACGCACUUUCCUCGCUGGCUUUCGCCGAAGUAGUUUGCAAAGUUUCCACGGACUCCGUUUACUAACAAUUUUUACCAUCUCAAACAUGCCAGACUGGAGGGAACGUGACGAUUCGGACCGUGGAUACGGUGGCGGAAGUUCAGGUUACGACCGGGAGCGCCGUGAUUACCGCAGCGGAGGUGGCGGAUACGGCGGCGGCGGUGGUUACCGCUCUGGCGGAGCCGGUGGCGGCUCCGGAGGUUACGGAGGAAGCCGUGAUGGUGGUGGCUACCGUUCCGGCAGUGGUGGCGGCGGAUUCCGCAAUGGUGGCGGAGCCCCACGUGGACCCCCGAGAAUUGACCCAGCUACAGCAAAGACAGAAACGUUUGAGGUCGAUGCCGACAAGGUCAAGUUCAUCAUUGGACGCGGUGGCAACAAGAUCCGUGAAAUUCAGGACCGCUGCCGGGUGUCGGUGCAAAUAGACAAGCAGCGGAAUGAGAAUGGGCAAAACAACAUUUCGGUAAUGGGUGACCAAUCCAACAUUGAUCGGGCGCGGGACAUGAUCGACCGUAUUAUCAACGAUGACCGCGAUCGUGAGGAACACCGACGUGACUAGGACAAAUGCCGUUAGCAGCGCUCCCACUAGUCGUCCUACGGGAUGUGCGCGUGUGUGCGUGCGAACGUACGUGUGUCUAUCGCUUCUAAGAAUUAAGAUUAAAAAACUCAUUAAAAGCUUAGAUAAGAACAGUUUUAAGAUUGCAGCACGAACCAAGAAGGAACAGCACCUACUGCAGGCUGUGCUGGAAGGGGAAAAAGGAAGAUUUGCAUUUAUAAUUUUUGUUAUCCUGGUAGUGUUUAGUCCCGAAAAGAAAUAACAAAUAACGCACUGUGCUCGCUGGGAAGUGUCGAAUCAUUCAUCGUACUUCCUCUGAAGAACUUCCAUUUAAUCUAAAAACACUACCACGCAUAAGUCAGAUUCAUCGAUAUAGAUUACCAGAAAUUUAAUUUGUAUUUUUCACCAUUAUGCUCUAAAACGAUAACUACAGUACAUUCAGGAAAUCUUUCCUCCAAGAGCAGCAGUCCUAAACGGCGGUGACAAAAUGUAAAUCAAUUUUUAGAAAUUUAUAUUUCUAAAGCUACAACUAUGCAUUUGAUCAAUUCUGUUGAUCACAGACGCGGUCCCAAAACAGUAGUACACAGGUAAAAAAAGUGAAACAAAUCUAGUGCGCAGAAAAUAUUGUAGAAACUGAAAGGGCAAACGGUAAAGAAAAAAAGGCAGGACAGAUGAUAGUCAGAAUUGUGAAUGUGCUAACCUAACGAAGCUAAACUUAAAGCAUACACAAACCGGAGUAACAAAAAGUUGACGUAAAAUACAAAUGUUCGCUUUUAACUUUUAAUAAGUUGGAAAUAUUAAAGCUAAAACUGGUCGGAGUCA